UAAAUGCAUCUUUCUAGAUUACCAGGGUCUGGAUUUUCCAGGAUAGCUCUCUGCACUGCUGCUGAAGAACUCUUGAGAAGAUGGUCCCAGUGUCCAGUGGUCCUGCCCACGCUGCUCCAAGGCCCGCAGGUGUGGCGCUACGCCUGCUCAAUCCUCCCGCCACGGCCGCAGAAGUGACAGCUCCCUCAUAACGGCUAUAUUAAGGUUCGCUGUGUGUGUGUGACAUGUCGCCAGAGUUUUCCAGGGCUGCCGAGAGGAAUCCACCAAACAUUUCGCACCGCUCUGACACUUUUCCAGGCCUGCCUUUUGCCGGUCAUCACGCUACGGAAGGCAAGAUGGCGAGGUUAAUAUCACCACUCAAGGAAGGAGAUUCUUUACUUGUAAGACGGAGAGUCGCGCGGCACCAAGCCUCACUCUGUCCAGGACUUGGAGAGAUACCUACAGACACUAACAGAGACACACGCACACAAACAAACACUCCAACACCGCUACUGCGUGCACAGGCUUGAGCAAGUGCAAGGAUUGUUCUGGAGUGGUCUCUAAUACCAUGGACUCAUGCUUGCUUAAAGGAUGGAUUGUGCUUCUCACUCUUGCUCAGCUCUGCUGGGCUCAAGCACCGUCUACAGACUCCCCCGUCCUGCAAGAGACGCUGGCUGAAGCGCCCAGCCUGGUGGCCGUGGAGGAGGCCGUGAAGGUUGCUUUUGAGCAGGCCGAGCACGUCCCCACAGACACAGAGUUGCCUGCAGAGCCCGAGGCCGAGGCCGUGCUGGAGGACUCAGUGGUGGAGGCCGCCACGGACGAGGACCAGCCAGAGCCCCAGGUGACGGCGGAGGAGCCAGCGAGUGAGGCUGAGACAGAGGAGGUGCCGCCACAGCAGGAGGAGGUGCUGGAAGAGGCUGCCUCUGAGGCUGCCGAGGCUGCACCCGAGGCUGCUGAGGAGACGCUGCCUGCCUCUGCUGUAGAGGCCACUCCGGAGCAGGAGGAAGCAGAGCCAGCCACUGGGGUGGAGAAGGAGGAGCAAGCAGGCAGGGAGGAGGAGGUGGCAGCCACCACUGAGGGAGAGGAGGUCACUCAGGGAGUACUACAGGAGGAAGAUGGAGUGGAGGUGGGGGCAGCAUCAGAGCAGGAGGCUGUGUCAGAGGUGAUGGAGGCCGCAGCAGUGGAGGCUGCAGCUGUAGCUGCUGCAGGUGAGGAGGGCGGAGAAGGGGAGGCUACAGAGGGAGAGGCGGAGGCAGGAGCAGAGCCAGAGGCCGCAGGCCUGGAGGAGACCCAGGUGGCUGCUGUGGGUGAGGAGGACUCUGCAGUGGAGGAGGCAGCUCCAAUAGGAGGAGUGGAGGGAGGAGAGGAGCCGAAAGAAAAGACAGUGGAGGAAGAAGGAGAGGGAGGCAUAGUGGAGGGGACGGAGGAGGAGAUGGAGGGAGGUGCAAUGGUGGUUGCUGUGCCAUCUGAGGAGGAGGAGGAGGAGGAGGGAGGUGCAGUGGUGGUUGCUGUGCCAUCUGAGGAAGAGGAGGAGGAGGAGGAGGUGGCACAGGAGACCACAGACACCAGUGAAUCAGAUGAUGAAGGGGUGGUCACCACGGAGAGCGCUGAGCCAGUGGGCCCAGUGGCGGCCCCUGAAGACAACACACUGGCCCGGGAGGUCGCAGAGGAGACCAACGUUGUGGACAGGCUGAUUACGUCCGAGGAGCACCUGCUGGUAGGCCCAGAGGUGGUUGAGGCGGCGCCCACUCUGGUGGAGAGCCUGGAGGAGCUGCCUGCAACACCCCUGGGAGGAGAUGAGGAGGAGGAGGAGGAGGAGGAAGAGGAGGGUGAAGAUGACGCAGUGGAGGGGGACGUGAAUGUGCUGUUAGAGUCAGCUGAACCUAAAGAGGACACCUCUCUGGGCUAUGAGGCUUGGAAGAUCGGAGCGAUUGCUGCAGCUUUCUUCCUUGUUCUUCAAACUGUUGUAACGAUCGUGUACAUCCUCAAAUGCAAAAAACGAACAAGCAGUUCUCCAGCUCCCGAGAGAGCAUGUGAGGAGGGUGGUGCGUCAGCUGAAUCAGGCCCUGCAGAAAACACAGACACCACCUUACCAUCUGAAGAUGGCCUUCAGCAAAACACUGUGAGUGAUGCGUCAGAUCUAAAACAGGCCCAGCAGGAGGUCACCAUGACAGACAUUAAGCUGAACUCCACAGAAGAGAGCCGCAGCAGUGAAGAGUCUUCACAUGAUGUUAGAACUUCAGUUCUCUAAGGAAUCACUCACACACACACAACACACACACACACACACACACACACACACACACACACACACACACACACACACACACACACACACACACA